GGAACUUUCGUCAGUCAGUGGCUGGCCUUGAGAGGGGGAGAACGUCUCCAUUUGUCAGUGGUGGAUACCUUUUCAAAUAAGGUUUAGGUACGGGGUCACUAAACAUGGAUAAACCAGUGGACAUGGUGUUUAAUAAUGCUGGAUUAGUGAAGAAAUACGCCGAGUUUCGCCCUGUUCCUCCACGCUCUCUCGUCAAUACAGUUGUCGACUAUGUGAAGGAAAAAGUGGAGCCCCUGCAGGUGUGUGUGGACAUUGGGUGUGGGUCAGGACAAAACACCAGGCUGUACAGUGAACAUUUCAAGCAAGUCAUCGGUCUGGAUGUCAGUCUGGAGCAGCUCAGAGUAGCUGAACAAGACCAUCUACAUCAGAAUGUUGUUUACAAGGAGGGGUUAGCUGAGCACAUGCCUGUUGAGAAUGCAUCGGUGGAUCUGGUGACGAGUUGUGCAGCGGUCCAUUGGUUCAACUUAGAUACCUUCUAUAAAGAGGUAGACAGAGUGUUGCGACCGGGGGGAGUACUGGCUUGUUACAGUUACCUGGCUUGUACACCUCUUUAUGCUGGCAAAAACUUAAGGUCAACAAUAUUAGAGAUGCAUUCAAACUUGGACCCCAACUGGUCAAUGGGACAUCGCCAUUUAAACUCUGAUUAUGGCACUCUCCCGGCCUUCUCCCCAGAAGAAGUUUUCAUCUCGUCCAAUGAAGAAAAGUUUGUGGUGGAGACAGAUGCUACACUGGACUCCAUCAUAGGCUACUUGUCCUCCUGGUCGGCCGUCCAGAAACUUCAAGAUCGUGAGGGUGAGGAGGUAGUGUCACAGUUUCUCUCCAAGUGUAAACACAGACUGCAAGAUGAGAUGGGCACUACAGAGGAGGACGCACCGAUGAGGAGCCGCUACACAUAUUUCCUCAGAAUGUGGCGCAAACCUUCAGCACAUGUCAUCCCCGGCAGUUCUUAAUACAGAAGAAACGCAUUCGACUUUUAAUACAACUCUGUUCGUGUAAGAUUUAAAUCCAAUGAUCCAUUAAAAUGGGGAUUUCCUAUAUUAUUAUUUGUAUAUAAGUAAGAUUAUUUUAACCAACCUAAGAAAAGUAUAAUAUGAGAUAGCUCUUAUCAUGGGGUAACCUCCGGUUCUCUCACUAACCUCAUAAACUUGUACUGUACUGUACAUGCUAAACAUAAAGAUCUAACCUGUAACUCACAAUAAACAGUACAGUAAUGGAUCUUAUUAUCAACUCUAGACAGAUGAAUAUAAAACAAUAAUAAAGAAAAACAUUUUGUGCAACUAUAAUAAGAAUCACUUUGUACAGUAGGUUGUGUGUUUAAAGUACAUGCUAAGAACCACGUUUUGAGAUUCUGUACAUUGUAUUUCAUAUUACCUAUACAGUACUGUAAUUAACCUGUAUAGUAUUUAGUAAUUUAAAUUUCUAAAAAAAAGUUAGAUGGGAAUGAAAAUGUAUUGGUAAAUUAGUACUGUUACUGUAUAUACCCUGUAUAAUUUUAAUGUAAAUAUAAAUGGAUAUACAGUACCAUACAGUAUUGUACAUGGUUGGCUAUAGGAACAAAAUUCAAAUCCACAAUUCUUUCAAAACCUGUUUGCGGUAUCUGCAUUCAAGUCUAGGAAGACCAGUAAGAAAAGAAAAUAAUCGGCUA